AUGGGAACCAGUGAACUCGCAUCAAAAUUCGGGUACACAGUAGCAGAACAUGUUGUUACCACUGAAGACGGGUAUUUAUUAGUGCUCCAUAAGUUGGAGAAGAAGAAAAAGGUAGUCUCCGUUGACAAGCGGAUCGUCUACUUUCAUCAUGGAUUAAUGACAUGCUCGGAACUAUGGCUUUGUGGUUCAUACAAGAACAAGAACUUACCGUUCCUUCUAGCAGAUCUAGGCCAUGAAGUUUGGCUAGGCAAUAACAGAGGAAAUAAAUAUAGUCGGAAACAUUUAAAGUUAUCCAGCUCUCUGAAGGAGUUCUGGGACUUCUCAUUGGAUGAGUUUGCCAUGUAUGAUAUCUGUGACACUCUAAAAUAUAUCUAUGGUUUCUAUGGAUGUACCAAACGAAUCACAUAUGUUGGAUUCUCCCAAGGGUGUUCUCAGUUGUUUGCUUGUUUGAGUUUGAAGCCAUAUUUGAAUGAAUACUUAGACCUUUUCGUUGCGCUUUCUCCAGCCAUUGUGCCUCGAGAGCUACACCACCCCUUAUUCAAAGUAAUGGUGAAACUAGCAGCUCAAGAUGAAUCUUUCUUAUACACAUUGCUUGGUAAAAGAGCCCUCUUUCUGUCUGUAUCAUUCUGGUGUCAUUUCUUAGGCUCGAAAUGGUACGAAACAAUAGUGGAUAUAUGUUUAAAGUAUCUCUUUGGUUGGAGUGGUACGAACAUUUCAAAGGAUCAAAAAGUCUUGGGGUAUCCUUAUAUGUUUCUGAACUCUUCAGUUAAAUGCUUAGUCCAUUGGUUUCAAAUUAUCCACAGCAAACGAUUCCAAAUGUAUAAUGAAACAUGUUCAAUUGGUAGAACCACCCUUUCGAACUACUACGAGAAUCGAAGCCAUAGUGCUGUGCCGUUCCCUAUAUCUUUUCAUCUCAAUGUACCCAUGCUAGUCUUCUAUGGUGACGCGGAUUUAUUAGUUGAUAUCAAGAGUUUCAAAAGUUUGGUUCUAGGUCUGAACCCCCAAAUGAGAGAAAAGUUGAUCGAUAUCAUAAGAUGUCCAACCUAUGAACAUAUGGAUACUAUUUGGGGUGAUAAGGUUUAUGAAGAUGUGUUUGAGAAGAUCAUACAAGUACUUGAAACGUAG